CGCGCAGUUAACAUUUUUCUGCCGGCUGGGUUAUGUUUACCAAGUCAAAGUAUAUUCGUAAAUUAUGUUUAGGUGAAUAUUAUAUAUUAUAAUGUUGGAUAGUUAAAUUUUUAAUAAUUAGUCAGUAAAGUUUAUAAAAAUUAAUCUGUCAAGAAAGAAGAAAUGAAUUUAAAAGAACCGAGACGUAAAAGGCGAGUUUAUCAGCAACAAUAUCCUCCUUUGCCAGUUUGUAUUGGUAAAAAAGAUCAAUGGAUUAUUUACACAGCUCAUCUAGGAGUUGCUAAUGCUUGUAUUUCUGAUCCCCAAGAAAUGAAAGCUGUUCAUAAUAUGGGGUUUUUCGGAAAAGGUUCGCUGUCAAAGUCAGUGCCAAAAUUUAACGUCAGACGUUUCGGAGCACCACCGAUAGCACGGGAACGUCAGUGGAGACGUCGCAAAGAAUGGCUAGAAGAAGUAAAACAACUGUCAACAUUCCCGUUGAAUGUCAAAAAAGAAAAUGAGGAAAAUUCUAAAGAAGAAUUAAUUCAUUUAGACAGUGACACAAAUGAAAUAGAAUCGCCGCAAGAAAAUAAGCCGAUGAAAGUAUCCACCGACCAGGAUGACGAUCUUAAAAUAAUUGAAUCAAAAAUUCAUACUCCUGAAAUAGAUGAAGUUGUUUUGGACUCUACUGAAGAGGAGGAAGUUUGUGAAAUAAUAAAGACUGAGCGAACCCGCAAUGACUCCCAGGAUGAGAUCUGUGUUCUCAAUGAUCUCCAGAGUCAAAAUGAUUUUUCACCCAGUCCGACGGAGGAAAUUGAAGAGGUCGAUGCUGAUGAAACGCUGGUCCUGCCAGACAGUGACUCAGAUACUGAAAAUUAUUUGAAUAAUGUAAAUCCUCGGGUUGAAACAGGCGGAUUUCCUCUAGCUGAAACUCUUCUGCUGAGUUUCGAGGAAACUUUUUUCCUCAUGUUCGGACUAGGGUGUCUGCAAUUAAUGGAUUAUCAAGACAAGGUCAUUUCUAUCGCCGAUGCAUGGACACACUUUAAUCAGGAUAAAUUAUUCUUGCCUCGCUAUAUUGUUUAUCAUUACUUUCGGAGCAAAGGAUGGGUUGUCAAGUCUGGAUUAAAAUACGGUUCUGAUUUUAUGUUAUAUAAACAAGGACCACCAUACUAUCAUGCAUCCUACCUGGUAGUUGUUGAAACCGUAGAUGCAGAUACGUUGAUACGUGACGACAGUAGAUGUACCCGUAAAAUGGAUUGGAAAAAUUUGUAUGAAUUAAAUCGACUGUGCGAAGUCACUGCUAAGGAAUUGUUAAUCGCGCAAGUGUUGUGGCCAUCGUCAGUCUCACUAACUAAUCCAGUACCUUUGGAGUCACUGUCGGAAUUUACAGUUCGUGAAUUGCUCUGGAGAAGAUGGAAAAUGAAUGAAAAGGAUGACUCGGCCACCAAUGACGAGAGCAGCGAUGAUUCGUCGUGAUUUAUAUUAACUAAUUGUUAAAGAAUUAUACAUUUAUAUUUAAUAAGCUAUCAAAUAAGGUAGAUAUUUUUGUACAUGGUAUCUAGUUAAUUAUUAUUUAACAUCUUAAUAUACAUUAAUCUUCAGAAUAA